AGUGGUAUUUAUGUUGCACAGUUUUAGUGUUUGUACUCUAUAAGAGAUCGACAUAAGCAUAUCAAUAAGCAUAAUACAUGGACAUAAGCAUAUCAAUAAGUAUGAGAUCAAGCUAAUUUAACAAACAAAGAAAAACACCUUAAAUCCAAAACGGUACUGUUUUUCCUAUUUUUGUGUUGUGAAAACCAGACUCCAUAAUUAAUCACUGACUGACUAUAAUUACCUCGUCUUGACGUCACAUCAAUCUUAUCAGUCAGAGAAAGAACUCCGUUAAGACCAACCAGAGAGCAAGGAAUUUUUAGAAAAAAAUUGAAUUUUAAGUGGGGUAACCAGAUAUCAGAAAAUCCCGGGGCGUGGGUUUGUUUUGAUAUCAUUAUUUGCGCUCUGAUUGGCUGAGACAAUGUUUUCUAUUUCUGUACCUAUAAGAAGAUUGCGUCAAUGAUUUUUUUAGGUAGGUUAAUAAAAGUAGAUGAAUAUCUCUCCAGACUCCGAUUCCGUUUUAUUUUAAAACAGCGACAGUGAAACUCCCMCGCACCSUGAAGAUMUUCCAAGAGAUCCUUUUAAUGAUAACACGGGGUGUAGUUAGGUUUUUGAUAGUUUAAUUGCAUUAUGGCUUCAUAAACGUAGAAAAUUGUCCCUAGAUACGACCGAGGCAAAGAAUGUCKGAUCUUCAUGAUAAAUGUCACCAAAGAAUGAUAUAAUACUCGUAUAUUGAUAUUUUAUGACAAGGGCCUAUCAAAAUAUCCUUGCUAUUGGAUAAUACAAUCAUUCGAACAGGAAACUGGCAUCAAUGUUAAAUGGUAUAUUUAUCUUACGUGGUAGUUAAAACAAGGAAACUCUUCUAAAUGUCAUUUCUCAAACUUCCUGGUUCAGAUUACGCUUUUCAUAAAGGCAAAACAAGUUUUAUAGCUCGUAGRAUUAUACUACUCAUCAAAUACUCUUUCGCAGGUGUUAUCGCUUUUAAACCGCUAGAAGGGCUUGAUUACGUAAGAUGGCAAGGCGAGACAUUAGAUAAAAGCUAAGAUAUUGUCCUUCACAAGCAAUCAUCUGUCAAACAGAAAGCCUCUCUCUUUUUCAUGUACAGCAGGUUCAACAAUCUGUAUUGGUUGUUCUUCGAAAUCGCGUUUAAUGUGUGUGGCCAACCGACUUAUUUGACAAAAGGUAACGCCACGYCAUGAACAACUUGACCAAGGAAUCYCUACCAUCGUGUGAACAACUAGAAUUGACGUUUGUUGCUUGUGGUGUGUUAUUCAUGUCCAUCACUUUGCUGCUGUCGAUGAUUUUCAAUGGUUUAAUCUUGUUAUCAUUCAAAKYGAACCCAACUCUCAGAAYCCUUCCUUAUGCKUUCAUCAUAAACUUGGCGAUCACUAACGUUAUUUCGUCUGUAUUGCUUAUUCCUAUGGAGAUAACAUACUUAACAAGUUUUCCCAGAUUUCCUUUUCCAGCAACAAUCAAGAACUUAUGGAACGCUGCUUAUUUAACUCUUCUGGCUGGGUCUAUUUUAAACUUCACGGCAGUUAGCGUGGACCGGUAUAUACGCAUUCGUUACCCAUUGCACUAUAUGCAUUAUCUUACAAAACGUUGUGUUAUUCACAUGCUUGUCUUUCUUUGGUUUUAUGUUAUAGUUUUGGGUAUUCUUCUAUAUUUGGCCUUCGAGAAACCAAAAAAUGCCGUCCAUUCAUUUCAGAUAAWCUCCUCGUAUUUCAUCCCAUUUCUGGUUGGYAAUGUUUUCGUUCCAUUUUGUGUCAUAAUUGUACUCUAUGUUUGCAUCUUCCGGAUAACGAGACGACACAUGAGAUGUAUCGAUGUGCAAACAACCGCGAGACUCCGCCAUUUGCAUGGAAUAACUCCAGUAAGAAGGCAAACAAGCCUACUAAGRGAUCUAAGCUCUACUAAGACGAUUUGUCUGGUGAUUUUUGGAUUUUCCUUGACAUGGUUUCCAUUUUUAGUUUUCCAGUUGUACUACAUGCAUAGUAGAGAAAAGAACUGUACUUUAGAUAAAGUAGAUAUAAUYAUUUGCUGGCUGACGUACUUUAGUGCUGUCUCCAAUCCGGUCAUUUAUGCWGCGMGAGARAAAAACAUAACACAAGUGAUUCGCAAAGUAUKUGUGUUAAACCGAUCAUCAAACGGAGACGCGACACGUCCAUUUGGUCAGCGCUUACCAGAAAAUAUAAAGCCACAUUCAGUUAUGCAACGUGGCAUAGUGGCAUCAAGCUGGCGAUCAAUGCGCACCUGAUGAACGUAAUUUCAGCAUCCUUUGCGCAUGCUUAUAAUUAAAAUUUGCUUUCUGGGCAACUUUCAAAUUUCAACUUUCACAUAUCUAUGAAAUUUUCCCAUCAACUCGUUUUAAAAGUU